AACCAGAACCCAGGAUUGCUUUUGUUUGAUGGCAGAUGAUACCCACAAUCCCAACAACAAGACAAACUAUUGCCCCACCUAAAACAAAACAAUCAAAGUCUCAAACUUUUUUUAAUCUUUUUUUAAAAAAAAAUAAAGAAAACCCAUGAAAAUUAAACCAUAAAGUUAUGAACUUCACCACAAAUUGUAGAAAAUCAAAACCAAAGUGGGAUCCUCUCUCCUAGCUCAGCAUCAGCUCUCCUCCUCCCCCUUCUCCUUUCUCACCUUCUCUAUUGUGCUUGAGCUUAAUCACUGUUCACAUUUUCGUUUCUCACAUUCAUUCUCUCAAAUCUGUUCACUUUCUCUAUCAAUCAUGCCAGUUUUUACAGAAAGCAGUAGCUCAGCAGGAUUAGCAGAGCAGGAGAGGCUGAGAAGACUCCACACCAGAAUCCAAAUCAGCCUUCAAGAGGCCAUUUCAACAGAAUCAACAGAAGCAGAUCCAGACCCACAAAUCCCUUCGAUCAUUCAAUCCACUCGUUGCAAAUCCACCAUCUCCUCUCUCUUCCUCUCCUCCUCUGGCCCUCCCAAGAAGAAGAGCAGCACUUUUAGAGGACUUGGGUGUACUGCGGGGGCAUCCCAGCAGGUGUCGGUGCCGGCAGUGAUAAGGACAUCGGCGCAGUGGGAGGAGAAGAAGGUCAAGAAGAAGAAGAAAAAGAGCCCUUCCGAACAGAAGCAGAAGAAGAAUAGCAACAAUGAAGAAAUUAAAGCUGCGAACUUCGACAGAGACAGAGAGAACUGCGUGAUUUUUCCAGAUGUGUGGUGUGGACCGGGAAUUGGGUUCUCUGCAGAUGCUGUUGGGUCCGUGGAUUGCGUUGUUGCUAGAAGAAAUAACUCCGGGAGAGGAAAGAUUGAUAAUCAGAGGGAGAGGGAAAGGGAGCGUCCUCCUUUCUUUGCAAGAAGAACUGUGAACCCUGAUACCUUUUCUUUUCUGGAUUCUGAUACUUCUUUUGUGACAUCUCGUCCCGAGCCUGAAGUAUUUGGGAGUAGUUACUAUCGACAUGUUCGACAUCCGUCCCCAGAUGCUAUUGCAGAGAUUAUGAUGCUUCAAAAUAGUUUACUGAUGGGGGAAAGAAUAAAUCGAAAUGAUCGAUUUAGCGACUGGAGACUCGAUGUUGAUGGCAUGUCAUACGAGGAACUGCUCGAGCUUGGCGAGAGGAUUGGCUAUGUGAGUACUGGAUUGAAAGCCGAUGAGAUAGGCCGUUGCCUCAGGAAGAUCAAACAGCCGAAUAUUUCUACUGACCUAUCAUUGCAUUUAACUUCAGUAGUAGAUAAGAAGUGCAGCAUUUGUCAAGAGGAAUAUGAAGCUAGUGAUGAGCUGGGGAGGCUGCAGUGUGGACAUGCUUUCCACUCAGAAUGUAUAAAACAGUGGCUCGGGCAAAAAAACGCUUGCCCUGUCUGCAAAACUGCAGCGAUGGCUCGACGCUAGACCUGCACAGGUAGCACCCAGAGGAGUUUUCCUACUCUUUGGUGUAUAGAUUUCAAAAGCAAAUACAUAAGCAAGUAAUCAUUCUUUUGUGUGAAGCUUCAACACCCCCAUUUGCCCCAAAUACAAUGGGCUGUUUUUGUCAUUCCGAAGUUGAAACUUUUGUGAAACUGGUCAAAAAUCAUGACGGAAAUUUAUUAAUUUCUUGAAGGUUGGUUGUCAUUUUUUUUCA